AUGAAUAAACUCGUCCUGUACGACCAACACGACUUCAAAGGGAAGUCCAAGCAGUUUGUGAGGAAUAUGCCGGACCUGGCCAACGAGAUGUUCGACAACGCUGCCCAGUCGGCGCGGGUGGAGGGCCACCACUGGGUCGCCUACACGGAUCCCAACUACAAGGGCGAGUUCAUCAUCUUCGCGCCCGGCGACUACAAAACCCUGGGCUGUAAUUUCUGCCAUAAGCUGAGCUCGCUGCGGCUGGUUGAAGAGGAGCUGCUGAACCCGGAGAUCGAUCUGUACGAGCAUGUGGACUACGUUGGCAAGGCCCAACCAGUCACGGAGAAGGUUGAUAACCUGGGGAGAGGCAAGUUUAAUAACCUGGUCUCGUCUCACAAGGUGAAGCAGGGCGUGUGGAUUCUCCACCAGAAGGCCGACCAGACCGGGGAGCGCCUCAUCACCUACAAGGGGGACGAGUGGCCCAACUACGGCGACAAAUGGAACGACAAACUCACCUCGCUCCGCCCUCUGGUCAACAGCUACACUGAGCGAUUGGAUGGGUCGCCUGAUGCGUGGGUGAGAGAUGAACAUAAAAGCGUGGCCGAGUCCCGAGGAAGCUCAUCGUUCCUCCAGCUUCUGACAGGAGACUUGUGGAGCGCUGACACCUCGGGAACCAUGAGUAAAAUCGCCCUGUACGACCAACCCAACUUCAAAGGGGAGGCCAAGGAGUUUUUGGCGAAUGAGCCGGACCUGUCCGAGAAACUGUUCGAAGACACUGCUAAGUCGGCGCGGGUGGAGGGCCAGCAUUGUAUCGCCUACACGGAUCCCAACUACAAGGGCGAGUUCAUUGUGUUCGGGCCCGGCGAAUACAAAACCUUGGGCUGUAAUUUCAACCAUAAGCUGAGCUCGCUGCGGCUGGUUGAAGAGGAGCUGCUGAACCCGGAGAUCGAUCUGUACGAGCAUGUGGACUACGGUGGCGAGGUCCGCGAAGUCAGGAAGAAGGUUGAUAACCUGCAGAGAGGCAACUUUAAUAACCUGGUCUCGUCUCACAAGGUGAAGCGGGGCGUGUGGAUUCUCCACGAGAAGGUCGACCAGACCGGGGAGCGCCUCAUCACCUACAAGGGGGACGAGUGGCCCAACUACUGCGACAAAUGGAACGACAAACUCACCUCGCUCCGCCCUCUGGUCAACAGCUACACUGAGGUGGGACCGACGCCCUGCGUGCUGCUCCAGCGGGGGCAGUAGAUGUGAGUCUCGCCCAGGUGUGAGCCUCGUCCAGGUGUGAGCCUCGCCCAGGUGUGAGCCUCGUCCAGGUGUGAGCCUCGUCCAGGUGUGAGCCUCGUCCAGCCGCCUCAGCUGCAACUACUCCCCUCCCCCCCCUCCGCCCGGGCAAAUGACCCGUCGCUUUACUGCUCAUUUAAAGAAUGAAAUAAAA